AUGAGUUCAGAAGAAGAAGUAUCUACAUUUUUAAGUAUUUGUGGUACUGAUAACGCUGAUUUGGCGAAACAGUUCCUUGAAAUGGCCGGUGGCAACAUGGAAACUGCUAUAUCCCUUUACUUUGAACAUGGUGGAGAAUCGCAAUUAAAGCAAGGCAGCAGUAAUGAUGAUACUGGUACUGUUUCAGCGGUGGCAAAUGAUGAAGAAAUGGCGCAAUCUUUACAGCGGGAAGCUUACGAGGAGGAAAGCGGCUAUAGGCCUCCGGAUCCUGCUAGGCGUGAGCAACUUGUUGAAACUCAUUUCUUUCCAGGUCAAUAUGGGGGGAUUGGUGGAGUAUUCCAGCCCUUGAGAAACCCUCGUGACAUGUUUGAUGAUAGCAGGCCUGCUGGAAUCUUUAAUCAGCGUUUGCCUAACCGCUUAGAGGACAGGAGCGAUGAAGGAGAAUAUGAUAUGGAUGAUGAAGAGGAUGAUGAUUACUCUUACGAAGAAGACAGUCCCCAGGAGCACGAGUAUGUAGAGGAGACUGUUAUGGAAGUUGAUGAAGAAGGUCAGGUCCAUGAGUAUACAAAGUUAGUUCGGAAGCCCCGAGCACUAACUAAAGAGGAACGCAUGAAGCUUCUGUUUAGGCCGCCUUUUGAUAUGAUGAGUAUGGUUGAUUUAGAUACGGCAAAGCUAUCUGCACGGAAAAAGAACAAGUGGAUCAUGAUUAACAUUCAGGUAGUAGAUAUUUUCCAGUGUCAGAUGCUAAAUCGAGACUUGUGGUCCAACCCGGAAGUUAGGAAGAUCAUCAAACCUAAUUUUAUUUUCCUCCAGUAUCAAUAUGAGUCUCGUUCUGCGCAGAAUUACGUUCAAUUCUAUGAUCUACGUGAUAGGGAUGGUCUUCCACAUAUUGCUAUUCUAGAUCCCCUAACUGGAGAGCGUUUGAAACAGUGGCACCGUGAGGUGCCGCCAGUAGAAUCUUUUAUCAAGGAUAUUGAAAUGUUCCUCCAGGAAUACUCACUUGACCCUCGUGCUGCUAAUCCAACUGUUAAGGAACCAACUCCAAAGCUCGAUCCAACUACACUUUCUGAAGAGCAACAGAUGGAGCUUGCAAUUCAGGAAUCGUUGGGCGGAACCACGCACGUUGCUUCAGAUAAUCAGCUAACUAAGGAAAGCUUGCCUUUGGAGCAGGAUAACUCACGGGCAGCGCGUUUUAAAAGUAUCCAAUCCGUCUCACAUUCAGAACCAGUAAACAUACCCGGUACUACAACAAGAAUUCAGAUCCGCACAGGAAACGGAAAAAGACUAGUAAGGCGCUUCAACCUUACUGAUACAGUUAGAACUGUCUACGAAGUGAUCAAGUCUGAGAUUGAUGGCUUUUCAACAGCAAACUUUGUUUUAACAACGCACACUAGAGAGAAUUUGAUCGAUAAACUCGAUAUUUCCAUCAAGGAGGCUGGUUUGGAAAAUAGUUCAUUAUUAGUAGAGAUUGUAACUGAUGAAGAAGAGGAUUGA